AUUCUAUUCAAAGACAUAAAAUGGCAUUUUAUUGAAUGACAUGCUGUGUGUUUUGCUAUAAACAAACACAGGACGUUGAAUGACGGUGGGCAAUCAGCGGAGGAAGAAUGACCAAUCUUGAUAAAUCUUGGACAAUUGAGGAAACAUAAUGAGAAUCGUCUUGUUCCUCCUGCUCUUUAUGUCGUCAGAGGAAGCCGGUACAGAGUUAGACCUCGUUUUCAUUUUGAACACGCCUUUGAUGAUGUCAGAUGCUGAUUUGUCCAAUGCGGUGGACUUUAUGUACAGUGUCACAGAUCGUCUCACCAUUGGUCAGACGCACGCUUUAGUGGCAGCUCUCUCCUACUCUGAACUUCCCACACAACAUUUUACAUUCACCUCCCACUCCUCCAAAGUAGGGAUCCUGAACUCUCUGCUUGCACUCAAAUCCAUCAACAGGACUCACGAUGUGUCAAAAUCAAACGAGGUUUUGGACUUCGUAAGGACGACAACCAUGACGGAAUCUCGAACUAAUGCUUCCAAGUUCAUUGUUCUUAUUGUUAUGCAGGGAACUGCAGUUCCGGUCCUCACCGAGUGGGCAGCUGAGGAUUUGACAACAGGUUACAACACGCAGUUUGUAGUAGUCGGUCUAGAUUCAUUGACUAGUGCUGAUCAAGCCUUAUUACUUAAAGUUACUACAGACGAGUCUAGGGUAUUUUAUGUCAGUGACUUUCGAUACAGCUGUAACGUCGUUCCAAACGUGACGAAUAUAUUGGACUCCACGGCUGAAACGAGCCCGAUACUAAAUUGUCCUGAUCCUAAUGCUGUGACGGAAACCACGACGACACAGGCCGUCUACCCUACGAAAGAUGAUUCUCUCCUACUUGUCAUCAUUGGCGCCAUCAUAGGAACCAUCAUCCUUCUAGCCACCCUCGUUUUCGCCUACAAGUAUGUCAAGAGCAAUGCCGAUAAGGACAAGCGAGUGAUGAGGGCUGUUGAGGUAUAUGGGGAGGCCCCGUUGGGAACCUCUAAAGUAUUCUUCUGUCACGAUGAACUGGGUAAAUCUAGUACAAAGGAACCGGGUACAUCCAGUUCAAAAGAGGAAACGAAGUCCGCUUACAUUCAGAGACUGGCCUUGACUCAGAACUUUGUAAACGGACGCGCCUGAGGACUCAGCAACAGCUGAUGGUGUCUAGGACUGUCAUGAGGCAUUACUUGUAUAAUUGCUCAGAUGGAUCUGCUGGUCCAAACAAUGCUACUCGUGUGAUGUUCAAUAUUUAUAGCAUACAAGAUAUAGAUAUUAUUGGGAUAGUUAAUCAUGCAAUACUGUAGAUCAUGUAAGAUACAAAAUUAUGCUUUGAGCAUAGGCGGAUCUAGAGGUGAAAGGGGUCUCCGAGAUUGCAACUCCUCUCCCUUGGUUGAUUUUUUAAAAGGAUCAUUUUGGAGUCUUCAACCCACUCCCCCUUUUCUUUGACGGAAAAGGUACAAACUUGGGUUGCAUCCACCUACCCCCUUUGAAAGUUUUUUUGGAUCCACCACUGUUGCGAGUUAAUGUACUUUUAAAAAAACCACCAGACUGCACACCAAAAUCAAACGAUAAAGCCAUAGAAGUGUGAUCUGUUUUCAUCCUUACAAGGAACGAAUGCGUUGUGUGCGUCCGUCAGAGCGUCUGUAGACAGCUCUCUUCAAAAUAUCACUCUUCCUUUAGUUUUGUCUGUUAUCAUCCAAACUUUAUCAAACGUCGCAGUGACAUGUAGAUCGAGAUAUCAAUUUUUCCAUUUUGAUGAACAGUAUGGUAACUUGGUGAGAAUGUCGUCAUCUGUAAAUUGAGUUUAAUGACUACAUGAUGCACUUUUUCUAUCUAUCUAUGUAGAUAAACAGCAAGGUCACUGUUGCUUAAAAUAGAUUGACUGGACAAAUUCAGAUUGAUGCUAUUUUUUCUUCACAAUGUUUGACGGAUUACAUUGAAACUUUGUAUGAAUGAAGAACACGUCGUGGUAAUUAUACGUGAUUUCUCAUUAUCCAAAUUCAUUUGUUAAUAAAAUAGUAUUU